UGUCGUUCUUGCGAUCGUUCAUGAGUUGUAUUUUUUUGUAAACCAACUUGUUUCUGGAUCUACUGCGUUAAAUCUAACGUAUAAGUGUGGUUUAUGUAACAAUUGCAAGGUUUGCUAAUUACAGUUUUCUAUUUGUUUCCAAACAAACUCCUACAAAUUUUCGCUAAUUUAUGAUGUUAUGGUUAGGAAGAAAUGUCAAAUUUUCAGUGGACUAGUGCCAAUAGUAAUGAUAUUUAGCAGACACGGGCAUUUGCAAUGUGCGUAUUUAUAAUAACUUAUGUGAAAAAACAAUAAGAAGUGCAAGUGCAGGUGUAUAAGUGUCGUGGACAGUUUAUCGACCCAUAGAACUGCGUCGAACAAAAGACUUGUGUUGAAUGAUACGAAUUCGAAAUCGUUGACCGUAAAAGGCGUGUUUGGAAAUGAGCUCACCACCACCAGUGCAGUUGGAAGUAGAGGUCAGCGAAGAGUCCAUGGAAGAGGACUCCGCAGACAUGAUCCCAGCUGACAGGUUCACGCUGCCGUCGCGCGCGGACGCCGUGGUGGAGUUGUGGCGGACGAAAAUGGCGGAGGGCGUGCUGUCCUCCACCCACUUCCAGGACCACUGGCGCGUCACCGUGCCCAGGAUAUACUCGCCGCAGCCCAACCGCACCUGUCUAGACUGGUCGUUUGAUGAAGAGCUGGCGACGAAGCUGCUGAUAGCGCCGCUGGAGCAGUUCGUGUGGGGCGUGGCCGGCGACCAGCCGCCGCCACCGCCGCGCCGCUCCACGCUCUGCGGACGCGUCUUCCGGCAGGGCGAGCCCGCCUACAGCUGUCGCGAGUGCGGUAUGGACAACACGUGCGUGCUGUGCGUGGAGUGUUUUAAGGUGUCGGCCCACAGACACCACAAGUACAAGAUGGGUCAGUCUGGCGGCGGCGGCUGCUGCGACUGCGGUGACACGGAGGCGUGGAAGCGCGACCCCUUCUGCGAACUGCACGCUGCGCCCGAGAGCGAGGAGCAGACCGCGUCGCACAUCAGCCCGGAAGUGGUGGAGCGGAUGAAGAUAGUCGCGAACGCCGUGCUGUCGUACAGCUUCCGGCUGCUCACGCUCGUGCAUGCGCCCAGCCUGCCCAGCGAUCUCGUAUUGAAAGACUCUGAAAGAGAGAUUUUACUGGAAGUGCUGGAUCAGCCGGACUGCUACUGCACUGUACUAUACAACGACGAAACUCACACUUUUGAACAGGUGAUAACUAGCCUGACGCGCGUGAUGAAGUGCACGCACCGCGACUCGGUGGAGCUCGUGAGCCUCAUCGACCGCGAGGGCCGCGCCAUCGUCAAGUGUAACAGCUUCCAAGUCUGCGACACGCUGAAGAACGACAUUGAGGGGUUCACGUCGCGUCACGGGCCGGCGCUCAAGGUGCUGGUGAUGCACGCGCACGUCAUCGCGCACCAGAUAUUCGCCAUGAAGCUGCUUGCCUGGCUACAAAACUUCGUGUGCCAAGAAGCCAGCCUGCGUCUCGCGGUAUCGAGCGUGGCGUUAGGCGAGAGCGGGGGCGGGGCGGGCGCGGUGGGGGGCGGAGGGGGUGUGGCCAACGGCGUGCUGCAGAACGACUGUCAGAUGUGGAAGGCGGCGCGCACGGCCUGGCACAACCUCCUCAUUGCGACCACUCUUAUGGACUACUCCACUAAGCGCACCAUGGCGAUAUUGUUUACUAAAAAUUACGGUUCGAUUCUCAAGGACUUUAUCCGCGACGACCACGACCACUCGUUCUCGGUGUCGUCGUUGUCGGUGCAGCUGUUCACGACGCCGACGCUGGCUCACCACCUCAUAGCGCACCACGACGCGCUCUACAUUGUGCUAAAUACCUUCGUCAGCGAGUGUAAUCGCCGGUGCAACCAGCAGGGUCGUCUAGAGUUUGACCGGAACCAUGUAUCCAUGGGUUUCAAGCGCGCCCAGUUUGUUCUAUACGACGUCAAGUAUCUCCUCGCCUCUGUGCCCACGACCUUCGAUGACGACCUGCGCAAGGGCUUCCUGCACGGCCUCUCGCUGCUGCUUAAGCUAAUGCUCAUGAUGCAGGGAAUGGACUCUGUCGUGAGACAGGUUGGGCAACACAUGGAGUACGAGCCGGAGUGGGAGUCGGCGUUCAACUUACACGUCAAGCUGGCUCACAGCAUCACGCUGGCGCUGGAGUGGUGCGCCGCCGAGCGCGUGCUGUGCGCGUCCGCGUACCGCAUGGCGCUGCGGCACCUGCCCGACCCCGCCGCUGGCCGUGAGCGCGAGCUCAGAGAGCUGGGCGACAAGAGCGCGAUGGUGAUCCCGUACGCGGUGGCCCGGGAGCCGGUGUCGGUCCACCAGCCGCUGUCCCGCUUCCUGGCCGGCCUCCACCUGCAGCUGCACCGCCACGGCCUGUCCUACCACAGCCGCGAGCUGGAGCGAGCCGAACGAGCUAAACCCCCGCCUGAGGAUCUCAUAGAGCCGGUGCUGCGCACGACGGUGAUGGUGGCGCAGGUGCACGCGGGCAUGUGGCGGCGCAACGGGUUCGCGCUGCUCAACCAGCUCUACUUCUACCACAACGUCAAGUGCCGCGCCGAGAUGUUGGACCGCGACGUCGUCAUGCUGCAGGUUGGCGCAUCGCUCAUCGAGAGCAAUGAGUUCAUGAUCCACGUGCUGAACAAGUUUGAGCUGCUGGACUGGGUUGCUCCGGGAUUUGAAGCCAAGUUCAUCGAGGACGAUACUCUCCGACACAAGAUCAGCGUGGUUGAGGAGCUGCUGGGAUUGCUUAUCACGGUGGUGGGAUCCCGAUGGGUGCCGGGAGUGGGCGAGGUGACGAACAAGGAGCGCACUAAGAAGGAGAUCAUACAGAUGCUGUGCGUCAAACCCAUGGCGCAUUCCGAGCUGAACAAAUGCUUACCCGAAGACCAGCUAUACGAGACAGGCCUCGAAGACGUGAUACACGAAGUGGCGGAGUUCACCAAGCCCGCCAGUGGCGCGAACCGCGGCCUGUAUCGCCUGCGUGCGAGUCUAUACGACGAAUACGAUACGUUCUACUACCAUUACACGCGUGAGGAUCUCUCGCGGUCAGAAGAGGAGCAGAGGAAUAGGAAGAAGGCAGCCGGUGAGCCAGAAUGCUGCCCGCCGCCGCCGCUGCCUCGCCUUUGUCCGCCGUUCCGGCUUAUCGCUAACUUGCUGCAGAGUGACGCUGCCCUCACCGUACUCAACACCGUCAUAGAGCGGGCGUUAGAUUUGCGCGCGCGAUGCUUCUCCGAGACGCAAGUGCACAAGGCGCUCCACCUAAUCGGUUAUGCGCUGCGCGACGAGGAGAGCGGUCACUACGAGUUUCUGGCGUUCGCGGAGCGCGCCGAGCGGUGCGGGCUGUACGCGUUGCUGCAGCGGCUCGCGAGCAGCCCGCGCGUCGACGCCCACCGCCCCCUGCUCAAGUGGCUGCUCACUAAGAUGCGGCACUUGUUAGGCAAAGACGAUGAAAACCCUGAGGGUGAAAACAUGGACACCGACCAAGAGGAAAAACCACAAACAAAUGACAAAGCCACUGAAGAGCGCCGUCAGAUGGCAGCAGAGCGACGCGCGCGACUGAUGGCUCAAAUGCAGGCCCAAAUGAACAGUUUCAUUUCCAACAACGCCACACUUUUCAAGGAAACCACUACUGAGGUGACGGAGGAGGAGCAGCAGCAGGACCUGGGGAAGCUGUACCGCGGCGCGGCGCUCGGCGUGUGGGGCGGCGGCGUCAUCGACCCGCCCCGCGUCUGCAUCAUGUGCCAGGAGGAGGGGCGGAUAGACGCAACAGCAGAGCCGAUGGUGCUGGUGGCGUUCGCGCAGAACUCGAGCGUGCUGAGUCGGCGGGGAUGUGACGAGGGGGCGGGGUCUGGCGACGACGAGGCGCGCGCGUGGGCGCCGGCCGGGCUCGGCGCGCAGCCGCACGUAUCGUGCUGCGGCCACGCCAUGCACGCGCGAUGCUGGCGGAAAUAUAUAGAGAGCGUGGUCGAUAAAGAGAAACUCAGGCCGUACCGCAUCCGUCAGCCGGCGACAUUCGACGUGGAGAAGGGCGAGUACCUGUGUCCGCUGUGCGAGCGGCUGUGCAACACCGCGCUGCCGCUGCUGCCGCCACCGCCGCUGCCCGCCGCCCCGCCCCCGCCCCUCGACGAGGAGGACUACGCGCAGGCCGCCGACCUCAUACUCAAGCUCAAAUAUCAGAUAACAAUGGCACUCCGAGUCCGUGUGCACACGGGUAGGCGGGUUAACCAGCGGGUAAUACGGAACUACUCGCGACGACCGAAAAUCGACGUGAGCACGGCGGACGAGACGCACGUGUGCGGCGAGGUGUGCGAGGAGCUGUACUGUCGCGCGCGCAUCGCGGCGGCGGGGGCGGGGGCCAGCGCCGGCGAGCCCGCCCCACCCGCCGCGCCCGAGCUGCGCGUGUCCGAGCACGUGCGCGCGCUCCUGCCCCCCGCCUUCCUCGCCCAUCUGGCGACACCCGAUUCACCCGAGCCUCCGCCCCCGCCCGCGCACCAUCCCAACUCCAAGGCGCUCGUCGAAACUUUCGCGAAGAUUCUUCCGGGAAUCUGCGGAUCGUCGUCGUCGGACAGCGCGACGUGCGUCGCGGCGGUGUGCCGCGCGACGGCGUACACGGUGCGAGCCACCGCGGCCGUGCUGCGCGCCGAACGCCGCCCGCUGCUGGGCGAGAUCCCCGCGCGACACCGCGACGCCCUGCGCGCCCUCGUGCGCAUCGCCGGCGCGCUGCCCGCGCUGUGGCCGCAGCGGGCGCCUCUAGCGCACCACGCGCUCGCAGCCCUGGACGCGCUUGAGCGCGGCUCGCCGCUUGCGCACGACGGCUUCGGCCCGCUCGUGGCGCUAGUAGUGACCGCGCCGGCGCUACUGGGCGGCCCACCCGCCCCCGCGCGGCCCUCGCACCUCGCCCGCCAGCUCACGCUGCGGGCCCUCCGCGCGACUCUCGCUCGGGCGCUGCUGGCCGUCGACUUGUCCGGCUGCGUCGACGAGCCCAUGGACGGCCCCGAGCGGGCCGACCUAGACGAGCUGCUGCCGCUGGUGCGCGAGGUGCGGCGCGGCACGCUCGACGUCGAAGGCCUCGACCCGCACGCGGUGUGGGACCGCGUGCGAGCGCAGUGCACCGACUUCCUGCGGUGGUGCUGCCUGUUCUUCUGGUUCCUCAGCGACGUCGAGCCGACGACGGAGCUGACGGAGGCGGGGGGCGACACGUGGGAGAACAUGUGCGCGUACCUCGACCUGCCGAGCUCGUUCGCCGAGCUGCUGGGCGCGCCGCUCGGUCGCGGCGCGGUUCUGGAGUGGGCGUCCCUGGCGGACGAGUGGUUCGCGGGGGCGGCGGCGCCGGCGCUCGUGCUGGAGCCGGCGGAGCCCCCGCGCCUGGUCGCGCUCCCCGAGGACUUCUCGGAGCUCAUGAACGUGGUGUCGGAGUUCUCGUGCCCCAACUCCGAGCGCGAGGACAGCAAGAACCCCACUAUGUGCCUCGUGUGCGGCCAGAUCCUGUGCUCCCAGAGCUACUGCUGUCAGAUCGAGAUCCGAAGCAAGGAGCGCAGCAGCGGCAAGGAGCUGGUGGGCGCGGUGGUAGCGCACGCGCUGCGGUGCGGCGCGGGCGCGGGCGUGUUCCUGCGAGUGCGGGAGUGCGAGCUGCUGCUGAUAGCGGCGCCCGCGCGCGGCGCGCUGCUGCCCGCGCCGUACCUCGACCUGUACGGCGAGACCGACCAGGGUCUGCGUCGCGGCAACCCGCUGCUGCUGUGCGCGGAGCGGUACGAGAAGCUACGCGUGUUGUGGCUGAGCCACGGCGUCCACGAGCAGAUCGCGCGCGGCCUCGACACCUCCUUGUUAGUUACCACCAACUGGCAGAACAUGUGAACACCAUGGCAACGAGCUACGCGCCAAUGGCAACGAGCUAUGCGCCACAUGGCCACGAGCUACGCGCCACAUGGCAACGAGCUAUUUGCCAUAUGGCAUCGAGCUACGCGUCACAUGACAAUGAGCUACGCGCCAAUGGCAACGAGCUACGCGCCACAUGACCACGAGCUACGUGCCACAUCGCAUCGAGCUACGCGCCACAUGGCAUCGAGCUACGCGGCGCCACGCAGCGUCGCACACGCAAGGCCAUACGGAGCACUUUGGGAACGGAACGGUGUUGUAUCGAUCGCAGUAACGCCUACUAGUUGUAUAUUGCUCACGUUGCAGGACGAAUGUGAUUUAUCUAAUUAAUUAGUAUAUUGUAGUUUCUAACGAUUUUAAUCUUAGGUUACUUAAGUAUUGAUUAACAUUUCGAUCUUUUGAAUGUGAAUGUCAUACGGAAGACCGAAGAGAUUUUGCGAAUCGCUGUAUGUGACCCUCAAACUUAUGGCUAUGGAAAGAUAAACUAGAGAACAACCAAGAUUGGUGCAAUAAUAAUAACAGUGCAACUAUUUUAUUAUAGCAAAAAACUACUGAUAAGGUACGCCCGCGGAGCCUAUGGCAUUUCGUAUAUUAACACAUCGCCACUCACUCUUUUACUUGUUAAAGUCCACUUGCGCAGAUCCAGGUUAAAGUUAAUACCGGGUCAAAAAGUGUGUUGUCUCCACAGAAAUAAAUCAAGAUAGAACGGCGACGCGCGUGCGUUGCUAUGGA